AUGAACCACUACUCCAGGUACCCAGCACCUAGAACCCCCAUGAACCACUACCCCAGGUACCCAGCACCUAGAACCCCUAUGAACCACUACUCCAGGUACCCAGCACCUAGAACCCCCAUGAACCACUACUCCAGGUACCCAGCACCUAGAACCCCCAUGAACCACUACCCCAGGUACCCAGCACCUAGAACCCCCAUGAACCACUACUCCAGGUACCCAGCACCUAGAACCCCCAUGAACCACUACUCCAGGUACCCAGCACCUAGAACCCCCAUGAACCACUACUCCAGGUACCCAGCACCUAGAACCCCCAUGAACCACUACUCCAGGUACCCAGCACCUAGAACCCCCAUGAACCACUACCCCAGGUACCCAGCACCUAGAACCCCUAUGAACCACUACUCCAGGUACCCAGCACCUAGAACCCCUAUGAACCACUACUCCAGGUACCCAGCACCUAGAACCCCCAUGAACCACUACUCCAGGUACCCAGCACCUAGAACCCCCAUGAACCACUACCCAGCAGGUACCCAGCACCUAGAACCCCAUGAACCACUACCCAUGAACCACUACUACUCCAGGUACCCAGCACCUAGAACCCCCAUGAACCACUACUCCAGGUACCCAGCACCUAGAACCCCCAUGAACCACUACUCCAGGUACCCAGCACCUAGAACCCCCAUGAACCACUACUCCAGGUACCCAGCACCUAGAACCCCCAUGAACCACUACUCCAGGUACCCAGCACCUAGAACCCCCAUGAACCACUACUCCCAGGUACCCAGGUACCACUACUCCAGGUACAGCACCUAG